AUGGUGGACAAAGACCAGGGCGACUUGCUGGCAUCGCACCUGGACAAAGGGCUGGCCAUCAAGGCGACGAGCCAGGAAUCUCGCUUUCACACCGAGGCCAUCGAUACCGAGACAAAGGAGAUUGAUCUCAAAGAUGUCACGGUGGCCAUAGAGGAGCGCAUGCUCCUCGACGACGCCCAUCUGCGCAUCAAGGAAGGUGUGCACUACGGUCUCGUCGGUCGGAACGGGAUAGGCAAGAGCACGCUGCUCAAAGCCAUGGCAGACCGAAUCAUCCCGGGACUUCCCAACAAUGUCAAAAUACUCUUGGUCUCGCAGCUCGAGACGGAGCAGCUCGUCCUCUCUGGCUCCUCUGACCAGGCUUCUGUCCUCGAGGCCGUUUUAAGCGGGGAUAGGGACCGAGCAAACACAGAGAGAGAGGCCGAGCAGCUUGGACGGGCGCUCGACUCGCAGGACGAAGGGCAGAUCCAGCAGGCCACGAGCAAGAUCCUUUUUCAAAGAGCCUGGGAGCACCUCGAGGAAGCACGCAAGAUUUCUAGCAAGCGAAGUGGCACACGGGGUGCCCAGGCAAGAAAGGAUCUUCUGGCGGCAGAGGAUCGCUAUGAAUGCGCCAAGAAGGAAGUCAGCACGCCCUCGAAAGACAGAGACUGGCAGCAGGAGGCGGUCUCGCUGCAUGCAAAAGCGCUCUCCUAUCUCGAUGAAGUCGACGCCUCGACAGCCCCGGUCCGCGCCCGACAGAUCCUCACUGGCCUCGGUUUCAGCGAAGAGCGCAUCAUGGGCCCAUACACUGCUCUUUCGGGCGGCUGGCGUUCUCGUCUCGCACUCGCUUCGGCACUCCUGCAGCCGACCCACGUCCUGCUUCUCGACGAGCCCGUCAACUUCCUGGACCUGCCCAGUAUUCUCUGGCUCCAGGGUUGGAUCCAUGAAUGCGCACAUUCCGUCGUCGUCGUGGCUCACGAUGUAGAGUUUCUCAACUCGGUAGCUCAAGAGCUCAUCAUUCUGCGCAAGUCGAAACUGACCUACUUUGACGGUAACUUGGCCGAGUUUGAAGCGACGCAACGCGCCAACCUCAAAGAUGCGCUGCGGAAGCAGGAAGCCCUCGACAAGAAGCGUGACCAGAUGCAAAAGUCGAUUGCCGACAAUGCCAAGCAGGCCAGAAAGACGGGCGACGACAACAAGCUCAAGAUGAUCAAGUCCAGGCAGAGGAAGCUCGACGAUCGAUGGGGUAUCGAGACCAAUGCAAAGGGACAUCGGUUCAAGCUCAAUCGCGACUUUGGAGGCUAUCAUCUGACCAGUCGAGGCGAGGUGGACAUCGACGUGCCCGAUGCGCCCGUCCGCUUCGCCUUUCCUGAUCCGCCACCAAUGCGCCACGCCGGCUCACUUCUUGACUUUGACGAUGUCACCUUUGCCUACCCAGGAAAGCGACCGGUGCUCUCCAACGUCAAGCUCACUAUCGAUCGCGGAGAGAGGGUCGCGCUCGUAGGUCCAAAUGGACAUGGAAAGACGACACUCGUGCAGCUCGCCAUGGGCAGCCGUCUCCCCACUCGGGGAAGCGUGACGCGGCACACCAGACUAAGGAUGGCUAUCUACGCCCAGGACACGGCCACACAGCUCACGAGCUGCGACGUACCAGCACUUCAACAUUUCAUGCAAGAGAAGCAGCUUUCUACCGACGAAGCUGCCACUGCCCGCGGCUUUCUGGCGCAAAUGGGCCUCCGAGGGCCACAGGCUGUUGAUGCUCUGCCCGUUCGAAUGCUCAGCGGUGGUCAAAAGGUCCGCCUGGGCCUGGCUAUGAUCAUGUGGGAUGCACCUGACCUCGUCAUAUUGGACGAGGUCACGACCCAUCUCGACAGCGACACGAUCGAGGCCCUGGUAGAGGCACUCUCGACCUAUGAGGGAGCCGUCAUUCUCAUUUCACACGAUCGGCACGCUGUGAAGAGAAUCGUGGAGAGGAAGGGAAGGCGAGCAGAGGGUCAAGAAGAGGACGAGGAUGGAGAGCGAUCGGAUGAGGAGGAGAGCCAACCAGGCGCACCAGGCCGCACUUAUCUGGUCCAGCACGGAAAACUCAGAUUGCUCGAGGCCGGCGUGCAAGACUAUGUCCAGAUGGUUGAAAGACAGCUGUAA